AUGUUUAUUCAAUCACGCGAAAUUUUAGAUAAGAAGAGUCUCUUUGUUGCUUACUUGAUUCCUGUUUCAUCUGAUAAAGAUAUAUCCCAAGCUAAACUUAAAAUUAGACAGAGCCAGAGUAGCUCUCCUAGUCAUUCCAUUUCCGCCUACAGAUUCGUUGGUCUUAAAUCAAAGAAAAUUGGCCUGAAUCAGGACGACUUCACUGUCAAAACCGCUUACGAUGACGAUGGCGAGAAAUGGGCUGGAAAGAGAAUCCUUGAGGUAUUGGAGCAGACUCAAACGCUUGACGCACUCAUUGUCGUAUCGCGCUGGUACGGCGGAAUUAUGCUAGGACCAGUACGCUUCCAGCAUAUAAAAGAUCUAAGUCUAGAAGUUUGCAACGAGAUGAAAAAGAAUGAAGGGAUGCGCGAGAGUUUUGAGUUGCUACAAGGCCUAGAUGAAAGCAUAGCAGAUGUGCGAAGUAAAUUAGGCAUGGAGAACAAGCCGACAUCCUAUGAUAGCAUUGAUUUCGUAAAAUCACAGCGUCUAAUCAAAGCUAGGAAGGGUACUUUAGACAUUUUGAAGAAGAAAUUGUCUCAUAAAGUGGAAAGUGCCAAGUAG